UUUUACUUUGUGAAUGCAAUGUUUACUUUGUUUUGUGUUUAAAAUAAGCUUAAUUUAGUUAACGACCACCAACUGCCAUGACGACACCGCGGAGCUGCGACUGUGAUAGCCCCCAGCAGCGAUUGCUGCAAUUUACCAACUGCCGCCUGGUGCGCGGCCACCAGUUGGUCCGCGACGAUCUGUGGGUGCGCGAUGGCAGGAUCAUCAAUCCCGAGCCUGUAUUCUUCGAUGAACAGGCGAGAGCCCACAAGCGCAUCGAUUGCCACAAUGCCAUCAUAGCACCCGGCUACAUUGACCUGCAGAUUAAUGGUGGCUAUGGUGUGGACUUCUCGCACGACAAGGACACCAUUGAGGCGGGCGUCAACAAGGUGGCCCAGGGACUGGUGCAGUCGGGCGUUACCUCCUUCUGCCCGACGCUGGUGACCUCACCGAAUGCCAGCUACCAUGCGAUACUGCCGCGCAUACCCAAAACUGUGCCAAACGGUGCCGGCAUCGUGGGCAUCCAUGCCGAGGGUCCGUUCAUCAAUCCCCAGAAAAAGGGCGCACAUCCCGAGAACUGCAUUCAGACAAUCGACAAGGGACUGGAGACACUGGAGACCACUUAUGGCUCGCUGGAGCGCAUCAAGAUCAUUACUUUGGCGCCGGAGAAGGUCAGUGAUCCGGAGGUGAUUGGGCAGCUGGUGGCCAAGGGCAUAACCGUGUCCCUGGGCCAUUCUGUGGCCACACUGAGCGACGGAGAGCGUGCCGUGCAACAGGGUGCCACCAUGAUAACGCAUCUGUUCAAUGCGAUGCUGCCGUUCCAUCAUCGCGAUCCCGGCCUUGUCGGACUCCUCGCCUCCGAUGCCGUGCCCCAGGGCCAGACCGUUUACUUUGGCAUCAUUUCGGAUGGUGUGCACACACAUCCCGCUGCGCUGAGGAUCGCCUAUCGCACCCAUCCCGAGGGCUUGGUGCUGGUAACCGAUGCCAUUUCGGCGCUGGGCCUGGAGGAUGGCAUCCAUCACAUCGGCCAGCUGCCGCUGGAGGUGCGCAGGGGCAAGGCCUUCAUUGCCGGCACAGAGACACUCUGCGGCAGCAUUGCGCCCAUGGACGAGUGCGUGCGAAUUUUCCACAAGGCCACCAAUUGCUCCAUUGUGUAUGCCAUUGAGGCGGCCACACUGCAUCCUGCGCGCUGCAUUAAAAUUGAUCAACAGAAGGGCACCCUGGACUUUGGCUCGGAUGCCGAUUUCAUACUCCUGGACGACGAGCUGCAUGUGCUGUCCACAUGGAUAGCAGGUGCCUGUGUGCAUCAGUGUGUCCAGUAGCUAGUACAUAAAUAUAUGUACAUAAAUACGUAUUUAUUAUGUAUGCCCGAAUGUAUUCAUAAUGCACAAUUCUCUGAUCAAAAUGUAAAAUCUCGACAUUCCAA